CUCACGAUACGAAUCAAUGAACUCGAGAAUAAAAAGCCGUUUAAAUGUGUUUGGGUUAACAGCAAACUCAAGGAAGAGAAAGAGAUACAGUUAUAUCCGAACAAAAACGGAACGGUUCACGACCUCAUCGAUGAGGCCAAGAAGCAGAUCGAGAUGAACGAGGACUGGUCUGGGCGACUACGGCUCCUGGAGGUCACCAGUUAUAAAAUAAAUUCAAUACUGGCCGAAGACAUACUCCUCGAGUGUCUCAAUCCGACCGGAAACAAGACCUACAGAAUAGAGGAGACGCCGAAAGAUGAGCUGCGUCUGGAAGCGGGAGAGUUCUUAGUGCCCGUCGCCCACUUCCAUAAGGAGGCCUACCAGACGUUCGGCGUUCCCUUUUUGCUCAAACUAAAGCAC